AUGUUCACAGGUCUGAUUGAGCACCUAGGCACCGUAACGGAGAUCGUGCAUGACGCGGGCGGGUGCACGCUCACCAUCGGGGACUCCGCGCCCAUCCUGGGCGACUGCCAUGUCGGAGACUCGAUUGCGGUCAACGGCGCGUGCCUGACGGUCGUCGAGUUUGACAAGGAGGAGCGCGGCGGGUGGUUCAAGGUCUGGCUCGCGAACGAGACUCUGGAUAGGACCGACCUCGGCGAGCGCAAGGUCAACGACCAAGUGAAUCUGGAAAGGGCGAUGGGCGCGCACGUCCGGUUUGGGGGACACUUCGUCCAGGCUCACGUAGAUACCACCGCUACGCUGAUUGGCAGGCAACCGGACGGCGACUCGCUGCGCCUGCUGUUCCAGCUGCCCGAGCCGACCCCGGAACGCCCAUCCCUGCUGCCGUACCUCAUACCCAAGGGUUACGUCGCCAUCGACGGGACGUCGCUGACGCUCACAGUAGUGGACGACGCGCGGCGCGCAUUCGGUGUCAUGCUCAUCAAGCACACGCAGGAAAAGAUCACGCUCAGCAAGAAGCCGAUUGGGGCCAAGGUGAACAUCGAGGUGGACAUGGUCGGCAAGUUUGUUGAGAAGAGCGUGCAUGCCGCGCUGGGAGGCGGUGGCGGACCCUUGCGCAAAUUGGUAGAGAAGGUUGUAGAGGAUGUGCUAGUGAAGAAGGGGGUGGUCGCACAGCGAUGAGAGGGCAUACGAAGGCGGAUAUACGUGUAGCUCUAAGCCGAGGUAGCAGCAAUAAACGCGGGUAAACGUCGGUCAAUGGACGCGUAUAGUCGCUUUUCCCAAAGAGGC